AAUUGAACUGGUCCCUGCCCUUUAGGGCUCCCAGGCAUGUGGGGAAGAGGAAGAAGGGAAGUUGGUGUUUGUGGAGAGCCUGUGUGUGCCAGGUGCCAGGCAGGAUCUGCCCACACACAGGUCAGUAAGUCCUGGUCCUGCCCUGGGAUCUGCAGGAUACAGGUGUAGAAAUGCCCCGAGUCUACUCUGCAUGGACCACACACUGAGGUGCGCCCAGGGGCUGGGCAGGAAGGAGGUUGGUUAUGGGCUGCGUUAACUGGAGAAUACACGCCUGGCGCAUCUGAGCCUGGCGUUGUAUGUGCCUUGCUGAUAGUGGCUGGUGGGGAUGCAUGCCCAGUGUCACCAGAAUGGGCUCCUUUUAAAGAGAAGUUCUGACUUUUAUGUGAAAUCUCUUGAUUUUAAAACGUUAAUAACUAAUCUCAAAUUAAAGAAAAAUGCGUGCAAGUCAAAGAACAUACAUCUGUGUCCGGUUUUGGCCUGAGGGUCCUGAUUUUCAGCUUCCCACUCUCUGGCUUCCCCACAAUCCUCUCUAGGACCCAGUGGGGUUGGGCGGGAGCCUGAGGAAUGGGACAUGGAGUGGGAAAGGGGUGGUGGAUAGGAUGACUUCAGAGAGGUGAUGACAUUGGAGCUGGGGUCUUGAAGGAUGAGUAAGCAUCCCGAGGGGCAGGCAUUCCAGGCAGUGGGAACUUUAUUAGCACAGGCCUUGAUGCACGACCAAGACUGGUGACUGGCUGGGCAAGGCUGGACUUUAGGAGAAUGGCUGGUGAUGUCGGCGAGGUUCUGGCGGGCCCGGGGCUGCAGGGAGGUAGUGAGGCCUCAGCUCUCAGUCCAGCUGAGACCCAGCUGUCCUCAAGGCCUUGGUGGCUCCAGGGGGAUUAGAAGCCCCCCACUUCUCCAUCCCUUGAGCCACAGGGGCUCUGGAAUGCAGGCGGGUCUGGAGGGCCUUGAAUGGCAGGCGCCAGGCCUUUGAGGAGGUGCAGUGGGGGCAGUGCUGGAGGCCCCUGCCAGUGCACUGGGGGCCAGCACCUUGUUUACCAAGCAACCAGCUCUCCUGCCACCCCCACCCCGGGGUUUGUGGCCUUCCCUGAGGACAGGGGCUGGGAGGCCCACUCUCCUUCUCCCUUCACCGCCUCUUGGGCCUGGUCUCUGCCAUGGCCUUCUGCCAGCCUCCUGGCCUCUAACCAUCCAGCCCCUGCCUGUCCACCUAGCUCCUGGGAAAGGCCACUGCCUCUGGAAAUGGAGAUUAGGGAUUCUGAGUGCUGUCGGAGACCUCAGAGAGAGCACGGAGCUGGACGCUGCUCUCUGGGCCCUGUUGUUACCUACAUGUGAGUGCGUUAUGUAAGCCACGGCGGGGCAUGAAAGCAGUGGCUGACCGUCACUCAGCGCUGUGUGCCGGCUGGUUCUGAGCACUUCAUAUCUAGCAACUUAUUUAAUUUUCACAACUUCGGGAAGUAUGUCAAGUUUUCCUAUCUUACAGAUUAGGAAACUGGGGACACUGAGAAGUUAAGUAACCUGCCCAAGAUGGCACAGCUUCUGGGUGGUGGGGCUUGGGCUUGGAUGAAGCUGCCUGGCUCCAGUCUGCACGUGUGACUGUUAGGCUCUGUUAACCCAGGGCUUAGGUCUGUGGGUGGGCGUGGGGGCGUGAGCUCUGGACUCCUGGAAACCAUCACGGCAUUUUCCAGCAUAUGUGCAUAUUUUUUAUGGGAAAAAGUCAGAUUCCCACAGGGGUCUGUGACUCCCAUACGCCUGACACUGCUGGUUGCAUCAUUAACACACACACUGUUAAUGCCACGGACCGAGGGCCCAUGACCACAGAGCCCAGGCCUCAGGGGACGUGGGGUGGGGUGGCUUGAGUAGGCAGGUGCCCCACCCACUGUGCUCCUGUCCUGGCCCCCAGCCAAGGGGCCAGGCUCACUGUAGCAGGGCAGAGGGCUGCCCUUAUCAGUGGGAAAUAGGAUACAGGUGCACCCUGGGCAUAAACAGGACCAGUCACCCCAGCCCUGCCUCCACCCAGGAAACUUGCCCCUUCUUCCCUGCUGUCAGCUGGGAUUGCAGGGACUUCCUGGAAAGCUCUGCAUGCUCCCUUAUCUCCAAGCUGUGGUAUGUGCCCCUCCCUCUUUCUACCCCUGGUCAACCUUACUUGUUGUUCUGGUCAGUUCAGGUGCCACUUCCUCCAGGAAGCCUUCCUUGGUCGCCCUCUUUCCCCCUCCACAGGGCGUUAAGUGCCCCUCAGUUCUCUCAAACCCCUUCCUUCCCCACAGCCACACUCGUCCCCCUGCAUUGUGGGAGCCUGUUUUCUUAGCUGCCUUGGGUUCCCCUUGGUGGCACACAGUGGGGACUGAAUUGUAGAAUAUCAGAGGUGGAAGAGCCCCAGAGAUCAUCUAGCCCAAGCCCCCUCUAAUGGGCAGAAGCCCAGAGAGGGGCAGGGUGUGCUCGCAGGCACACAGCACAUCAUGGUAGAGCUGGGAGCAGACCUGGUGUCUCAAAUGCCUCCUCAUUUCUCACCCCUGUCUCUUGCUUCUGAGCACAUCUUUUACAAACGUUUGUUUUCUUAUUUUCACAAAAGUAAUAAAUGAUUAUUGUAGAAAAUUUAGAAAACAGACAAAAAGUGGAAAAUAAAAAAAUUACUCAGAGAUAAUCCUUGUUAACUUUAAUCUUUAACAAAUAUGUGACCACGCAUACUGUUUGGUAAAUGUUUUCCACUGUAACAACGUGUAUGGUAAUUAUAUUUCUAUGCCAGUGAAUGUCCUUCUUCGACAUACUGUAAAUGGCUGCUUGGGAUUCCAUCACGUGCUUCCGUUAUAAUUGCAGAAGACAGUCCCCUGUUGUUGGGCAUUUGCUAUUACAAACAACAUCCUUUGCUAUUAUCAACAGCACCGGGAUUCGUAUUCUUGUGGGGAGAUCUUUCUGCACUUCCGCGAUCACUGCCUCUAGGGUGCUACUCUAAGUGGUUCCUACACUUGAUUGGACUUACUCCCCCAGCGUCCUAUGAGCCUCGGCGCCGGGGGCUCCACCGAGCGAGCGGCAUGCCACACCCCCGGGCCUGCCCAGUGUCCUCCAGCCCGCUGCCCAGCGCCCCCAGGAGGCCCUGAUGCCCUGGGGCACUUCUGCUGUGCACAGGACCACGUGGGGGUUUGCCAUGGUGACAUAACGGGGCGCAGAGGAAGGAAGGAGCGCACCCAGCCUGCAGACUGCGCCCCUGGCUGGGAGGAAGGGCCGGGGCCCAAUCCUCCACUCCUGUGGCCUACUGAGGGCCUCGCUUGCUAAGUCUCUGUGAAUUUGUUGGUCAGUGGACAACUCUGGUGUCUUCUGCUGCGUGGGGCCUUGGGGUGGCCAGGGCAGGCCGGGCCUCCAUUGGCUGAGGUCUCGGGGGCCAGGAUGCUCACCCUGGCGCGCCUCCGCAGGCUGUGUCGGCACGUGUCCCCGCAGGCUGUCCUUUUCCUGCUGUUCCUCUUCUGCUUGUUCAGCGUUUUUGUCUCGGCCUACUACCUAUAUGGCUGGAAGCGGGGCCUGGAGCCCUCGGCGGAUGCCCCUGAGCCUGACUGUGGGGACCCUCCGCCUGUGGCCCCCAGCCGCCUGCUGCCGCUCAAACCUGUGCAGGCGGCCGCCCCCUCCCGCACAGACCCUUUGGUGCUGGUGUUCGUGGAGAGCCUCUACUCACAGCUGGGCCAGGAAGUGGUGGCCAUCCUGGAGUCCAGCCGCUUCAAGUACCGCACAGAGAUCGCACCGGGCAAGGGUGAUAUGCCCACGCUCACCGACAAGGGCCGUGGCCGCUUUGCCCUCAUCAUCUACGAGAACAUCCUCAAGUAUGUCAACCUGGAUGCCUGGAACCGGGAGCUGCUGGACAAGUACUGCGUGGCCUAUGGCGUGGGCAUCAUUGGCUUCUUCAAGGCCAACGAGAACAGCCUGCUGAGUGCGCAGCUCAAAGGCUUCCCCCUGUUCCUGCACUCAAACCUGGGCCUGAAGGACUGCAGCAUCAACCCCAAGUCCCCGCUGCUCUACGUGACGCGGCCCAGCGAGGUGGAGAAGGGCGUGCUGCCUGGCGAGGACUGGACCGUGUUCCAGUCCAACCACUCCACCUACGAGCCGGUGCUGCUGGCCAAGACGCGCUCGUCCGAGUCCAUCCCGCACCUGGGGGCAGACGCCGGCCUGCACGCCGCGCUGCACGCCACCGUGGUCCAGGACCUGGGCCUCCACGACGGCAUCCAGCGCGUGCUGUUUGGCAACAAUCUCAACUUCUGGCUGCACAAGCUCGUCUUUGUCGAUGCCGUGGCCUUUCUCACGGGCAAGCGCCUCUCGCUGCCUUUGGACCGCUACAUCCUGGUGGACAUCGACGACAUCUUUGUGGGCAAGGAGGGCACGCGCAUGAAGGUGGAGGACGUGAAGGCCCUGUUUGAUACGCAGAAUGAGCUACGCACGCACAUCCCAAACUUCACCUUCAACCUGGGCUACUCAGGGAAAUUCUUCCACACAGGUACUGAUGCCGAGGACGCUGGGGAUGACCUGCUGCUGUCGUACGUGAAGGAAUUCUGGUGGUUCCCCCACAUGUGGAGCCACAUGCAGCCCCACCUUUUCCACAACCAGUCCGUGCUGGCAGAGCAGAUGGCCCUGAACAAGAAGUUCGCUGUCAGGGGAAGGAAGGCCCAGGGGGGAAGGAGCCCCAUGCUCACCCUGCCCUGGCCCUCCUCUCCCCAGGAGCACGGCAUUCCCACAGACAUGGGGUAUGCGGUGGCACCCCACCACUCGGGCGUGUACCCCGUGCAUGUGCAGCUCUACGAGGCCUGGAAGCAGGUGUGGAGCAUCCGCGUGACCAGCACAGAGGAAUACCCCCACCUGAAGCCAGCCCGCUACCGCCGUGGCUUCAUCCACAAUGGCAUCAUGGUCCUCCCGCGGCAGACCUGCGGCCUCUUCACACACACCAUAUUCUACAAUGAGUACCCUGGUGGCUCCAGCGAGCUGGACAAGAUCAUCAAUGGGGGCGAGCUCUUCCUCACUGUGCUCCUCAAUCCUAUCAGCAUCUUCAUGACGCACCUGUCCAACUAUGGGAACGACCGCCUGGGCCUGUACACCUUCAAGCACCUGGUGCGCUUCCUGCACUCCUGGACCAACCUCCGGCUGCAGACGCUGCCCCCUGUGCAGUUGGCCCAGAAGUACUUCCAGAUCUUCUCUGAGGAGAAGGACCCGCUCUGGCAGGACCCCUGUGAGGACAAACGCCACAAAGACAUCUGGUCCAAGGAGAAGACAUGUGACCGCUUCCCAAAGCUCCUCAUCAUUGGCCCCCAGAAAACAGGCACCACAGCCCUCUACCUGUUCCUGGGCAUGCACCCGGACCUCAGCAGCAACUACCCCAGCUCAGAGACCUUUGAGGAGAUCCAGUUUUUUAACGGCCACAACUAUCACAAAGGCAUCGACUGGUACAUGGAGUUCUUCCCUAUCCCCUCCAACACCACCUCCGACUUCUACUUUGAGAAAAGCGCCAACUACUUUGAUUCAGAAGUGGCCCCCCGCCGGGCAGCCGCCCUGUUGCCCAAGGCCAAGGUCCUGACCAUCCUCAUCAACCCAGCAGACCGGGCCUAUUCCUGGUACCAGCACCAGCGAGCCCACGACGACCCGGUGGCACUGAAGUACACCUUCCACGAGGUGAUCACGGCUGGGCCCGACGCGUCCUUGAAGCUGCGCGCCCUCCAGAACCGCUGCCUGGUCCCCGGCUGGUACGCCACCCACAUCGAGCGCUGGCUCAGCGCCUUUCAUGCCAACCAGAUUCUGGUCCUGGAUGGCAAAUUGCUGCGAACGGAACCUGCCAAAGUGAUGGACACAGUGCAGAAGUUCCUUGGGGUGACCAACACCAUCGACUACCACAAAACCUUGGCGUUUGAUCCAAAGAAAGGAUUUUGGUGCCAACUGCUUGAAGGAGGAAAAACCAAGUGUCUGGGCAAAAGCAAGGGCCGGAAAUACCCAGAGAUGGACUUGGAUUCCCGCACCUUCCUGAAGGACUAUUACCGGGACCACAACAUCGAGCUUUCCAAACUGCUGUACAAGAUGGGCCAGACACUGCCCACCUGGCUGCGGGAGGACCUCCAGAACACCAGGUAGCCGUGGCCACCACAGCUGGACUGAACGUUUGUGACGGCAGGGACAUCCCGCCACAUGCUGAGCCAGACUGACCUGCAGAGUGGGGAGCUGGGCCCCGGGCUGGCCAAGCACUUAUGAGCAAUACUCUGCUGAGGCCCAGGCAGGGCCGGGAGAAGAGCCCAGGCAGGUCUACAAGCGCCUCAGAGCAUCCAGUGCUGGGUCUGUGGCCUAUAGGACCUCCCUAGCCACCUGAGGUCCUUUCCGUUCAUAGCCUUUCAUGGGGAGGCCGCUUCCUAUUGGUGGAAGGCGACUUCCUGAUAGGAGGGAGUCCCUGAGACUCUCUGUUCUGUUCCUCACUGUGUUCUACCUACCAUACCCUCUCCUCCAUCACGUCACCCCGUGUCCUAGCAGGGUGUCCCCUCAGUAUUAGCUGCCACAUCUUCCCUGUCCUCCAGACAAAAGGGAGCAGAGCCCAGCCGGGCCUUUUGCCAAACCAGGGAGAGAGACUGGAUGUUUCCCUGACUGUUUCGAGCUGGGCCCUUCAGAGAGUUCAGCUGGAUGUGAGGGUGGCCACCUCAAGAGAACUCUGAACGUCCACACACAUCCUGGUUAAUACGUUCACACCUCACCUUCCCUUUUUGGGGAAAGAAUUGCUGGUUUCCACAGUAUCCACCCAGUCCUCAAGGCCUCUUUCAGGGCCCUGGGGCACUGCCAUGCCAUUUGGACCCAGAGACCCAGGCCUCCAUCCUACCCACUUUCUUCACCCUGGGAUAUGACAUGUGUGGUGUUUCCUGUGGUAAAAGACUGAGGCAUUCAGGAGUCUGCCAGUAUACAUGUUCCAAUGUACAUAUGUUUUCCCCUGCCCACCCAGCCUUGGCCCCUGGCAGACACUGGGCAGAGUCAGUUUGACUGCCAUCCAUGGCUUUGCCCCAGCUACCUGUGGCCGAGGGUUCCUAGAGACCCCCUUAACCUCCCAAAUACUAAGAAGCUAAAGUAUUUUAAUAUUUUUUUUUUCUUGGUGCCAGAGUUUAUACCCUGGGUUCUGGGGUCACACUGUGUUAUAUAUAUAUAUAUAUAUAAUGUGUAUAUAUAUAUUAUAUUUUUUUUUGGUUGGGUUUGUUUUUAAUUCAGUUGUACAAAAUGGUGGCAAGCCCCAGUCCCAAAGGGUGUCAUAUGUCAGUGCUAGAGAAUGAAAUGGAAGAGGGUGGGGGGAGGGCAUGUCUUCAUGUGUCGGGGCCUCAAGGAGACAGUCUGGAGGUGCCCUUGGAGAGGUCUCUGUUCCCUCUCCCAAGUGCCAUGGCUGUCCUGGGGGCUACCCCAGGUGAACAGAGGUGGUGAGAUGCACAAGGAAGACCUACUCUCUCCAGGAAAUCUGGCUUCAUGAAGUGCAGUGACCCUGGAGGAAGUUUGGCCAAAGGAAACAGCUGGGCUGGGGUAGGAGACCCGGGGCCGAAGGCUGGCCUAUUCCCCUCGCCCUCACAUGGUGCUAGGUUGGGAGCUGCCCUGGGAGCAGGGAUGCCCGCCGUGACCCACAGAACUGUCUCCAGGGCCCCCCUGCAGACAACAGGAUCUCUGGGCUAUUUUCUGGUUGGGGUCUGCUCCUACCCCCCUUCUUUUAACAAUGUGAAGUGACUACAGCUGGGUGCCUCUCCCCAGCACCUCCCACUGCCAGUUCAACUUCGAACUGACACCCAGGAAAUCCUUUCUGGAGAGCCUUGUCUUGUUCAGAAGACUAGCGUCUUGGGGCUGGAAGGGUCUUUCGACGGGUAUGGAAACAGGUCCAGAAAGGGGAGGUGGCCUCCUUGGCUAUGUCACAGAGCUGGUGGGGAGCAGGACCAAGAACUGAACUUGAGGCUCCGAUUCUGAGUCCAGUGCUCUUCUUCCAAUGCCACACUGCCUCUGAGCCCAUCCUUGGAACCCUACUCUGUGCCAGGUUCCUCUCCCUCCCUCAGUCACACCCUUGCUCAUUCCAGGAUAUGGGGACAAACCACUCCUUCCCUGCCAGGGUGCCUUGGAGCCUUCUCAGUUCCAGAUGUGCAUUUGCAUCCCUGUCUUGCUCUCCCCACCUUGAAAGAUCCUUUCCCAGCCUCUGGGGCCUGCGUCUAUUUUAACUCUGAACCGGAUCCCUUUUCUCAAGUUCUCCACUGGGAUGGAGAAGAGAGUUUGGAUGCUCAGCGGGACCAGCUGCGUGUGGUUUCCUUGUCUACCAAGAGAAGUGUUCCUGUCAUGCUUCUCACCAGGGCCUUUGAGCCUGGGAACCCUGGGUAAUGUCGACCCCGCAGGGCAUGAGGAGCAGAGUGUCUGAGGACAGGGUGGCAUGCUUGCUUGUACGCUCAUGAAGACUUGCCCAUGCCUUGGAACCAGACUCCCUGAACCGGGCAGCGACUUGCCUGGUGCGAAUCCCAGGCCUCACUUCCCGUCUGUCAGCAAGGGGCUUGGGCUCCAUGCCCCGUGAGGGGUACAACUCCCACAUUCUCAAAUCGACCCUCUGGGCCUGGAUGCCUGCCCCUGUCUCUCAGAGCUCAGAAUGCCUGGUGGGCAGGCUCCACUUCUCCUGCCUCUGGCCUGAGGAAGGAGCAGGCAGGUUGGAGACCCGGGGCGAGCAGAGGAAAUCUUCGGGAUUCUUGUCCAGGCCCUUCCGGGAGGUUGGGGACUUGACCUGACACAUGUUCUGAGUCUGUCUGGUCACUGCCACUUCUUCCCUUCCCACUAAGGAAUCUUUCUCGAGGACCCACUGCCAGGACCUGCAGGUACUGGGGAGAGAGGAGAUGAGUCCUUCCAGGGCCUCUUAGCCACCGAGCACCCAGAUUGCCCUCACGAGAGGAGAGAGCCAGAGGUCAGUGGAUAUGGCAGCAGCAGUGUCUGCAGUGUUCACUAAUUCACUGUAGGCGUUUGGCCAAAAGAAAGAAAAGGAGAAAAAUAGCUUAAUUUAUGUACAUGACUCCUCCUUCUGUUCUGCCAUCCCCUCCACGAGCCUUUGCCCCAGGGUGGGUGCAGGUGGGAUGUGUCAUCCACUGCUGCCUCAGUCACUCUGGAUUCUAGAGCCACCCAUGGUGCCAGCGUCUUGUGCUUGGAGGACAAGUCUGAAGUUUAAAAGGUGCCUCUUUUGAGCCCCUAAGGAGGAGCAGCCAGUGCGUCUGAGGCUCAGCUGAGAGAGCAGAGGUCUGUUCCCAGGAGAGGAGAACUGCUGGGCUGACCCACAGAGAUUGGGGCUCCCAGCGUGGAGCGGUCCUGGUGAUCUGUUAGUGGAAAGAGCAAGUAAAAAAAAAGUUUUACAACAUAUUUUAUUAUGAAUGCCCACUACCCACCAUGUAGAUUUAAAAUUAACAUUUUGCCACGUUUGUUUUACCUUUCUCUCUCUCUCUCCCCAUGUAUAUUUUUUCUGAACUAGUUUAAAAGUAAGUUGCAAAUAGCUUGAGAUUUCACUCCAAGAAAUGAAGGCAGCUUACUUCAGCCUGCACCUCCCAAGACAGGACUUUCUCCUACAUGUUGGCUCCUGUCACACCCAAGACAACAGUGAUUUCCUAACAACGUCUGCUGCUCAGUCCAUGUUCACAUUUCCCCAAGGUGGCUUAUACCUGGCUUUGGAAUCAGGAUCCAGUUAAGGUGCACAUAUUGCAUCUUGUAGCUGUGUUUUAAAAAUUUCUUUGAAUGCUGAAAAGUUCUCUCUGCUCACUCUGAUUUCCUAAGUGACAUUAUUUCUGAGGCCACAGGCCUGCUGUCUUGUAGAAGUCCCACAUUCUGGAGUGUCUGAUGGUUUCUUCGUGGUCUCAUAGAGCAAGUUCCUCUAGCACCUGUAUCGUCAAGGGUAAUUUAGGCGAUAUGGAUUUUUGCCUUUUGUGCUGAGUUGACAUCUUCAUUCCAGCCUAAGAUGUCCCUCUAAUGUCACCUGUACCAGGUGCCACACCAGCAGAGGGUCUGCCAGAGCUCCAGGAGCUCAGGGGAGGCAACGGAGGCAGCAUCACAGCUGGGCCCGGGAGGAAGGGCCAGGGGCCCUCUAGAAGGAAGAGGCUGCGUGCUCGGAGACUGGGCCAGGCAGUGUUGGACCUGUUGGGCAUGAGACAUCUCUGGCUCAGAGGAGCUUGUGCUGCCCGCUUUGAUUCUGGUAAUGGACCACAGGGCACCAAACAGCAUCUCUCUCUUUUUCUCUCUCUGUUUUGUGGUCUCCGGGUUUUUACGUCCUGGGGGCCUGUGGUCUCUGUGCACUGGAGCAGAGCCAGGCCCCUGGGAUGCACCAGGGAAGGGCCCAGCUGGGGAGCUGCCUCCCCCAAGCUGUGGUGUGAGGAGAAGAGCACUGGGCUGGAGGCAGGAGAUGUGAAAUUUCAUCCCAACUGGGUACAUUUAGUAGCUGCGUGAGUUUUUCUCCCAGGGCCUGAGUUUCCCCAUUUAUAGAAUGAGCAAGCGGGGCUACAGCAGGGCUUUUCAAACGUCAGAGAAGGAGGCAGGGCCCAGCACCCUGACCCCCACCCCUGAGGCAACACUGGGUUUCCGAUUUGUUGCCCUGGGCUGUCUGCUCCCCCCACUCCCCCCCGGCUUGCCCUCACCAGCCCAGGCGGCCAGAGAUUUUUUUUUUAGCUCCCAGGAAGGAGGGACAGGCAUGGGCUUUGUGUGGUGUCGAUGUCAAGGGCCUGGGGAGACUCUGGCUGUGUUUUAUCCUAAUGAGUUCAUCCUUUCCCUCUCUGGCCCUUGAGAAUGAGGGAGGAGAGGGUUUUCUAUGACUGUGCUAGCUUUUAUUAUCAGCAAGAGGGCUCCUUUUGUAAUUUGUGCAUGAAAUUCAUGUCAUUUCCUGGGGAGAGGAGAGGGCUGACUGGAGAGGGUGGGGGGCACGUUAGGGGAGCAGGCAGAGGUUUCCUGCCCUGUGGGGGUGGGGAGAGGUAUGGAGAGGGGGUGCUACCCAGUUCACCUGAUCAGGGCUCUCGAACCAGCCGUUUUGGGUUGCGUUACAAGUGGGAACCUUCCUCCAUUAAUGUACAAUCUUGAACUAACUGCUAAUAAAGUGGGGUUCUGUUUGUA